CCCACUGACUUUGGUGAAAUGGAAACAAAUUCAAGGGCAUUGGGUUCUAUAUAUAGUAAGUUCAUGAAGAACAAGGAUAGAAGGCAGAGAUAGAUCUUAUAUGUGAGCAGCCAUGAGUAUCCAAUUGCUUCCCGCCAUUGCAAGAAGACUUGAAGGUAAAGUAGCCGUAAUCACUGGUGGGGCUAGAGGAAUUGGGGAACAAACAGCGAAGCUCUUCUUCAAGCAUGGAGCCAAAGUGGUUAUUGCAGACAUUCAAGACCAUUUAGGUCAAACACUAUGUAAGGAUCUCGGUCAGUCAUCUUCUGUCUUCGUUCAUUGCGACGUAACAAAAGAGAAAGACGUUGAAACUGCGGUUGACACGGCAGUCUCCAAGUACGGAAAGUUAGACAUCAUGUUGAACAAUGCAGGAGUUUUCGAAGAAUCUCCAAACUUCGACAUUCUGAAAGAUGAUCCAUUAACCUUUCAGAGAGUGGUGAACGUCAACCUGGUUGGGGCCUUUCUCGGAACGAAACACGCAGCACGAGUAAUGAAACCAGCGGGUCGAGGGAGCAUCGUGACGACAGCGAGUAUAUGCUCGGUGAUUGGGGUUGGGACGCAUGCUUAUACAAGCUCGAAGCAUGGGGUGUUGGGAUUGAUGAGGAAUGCAGCUGUGGAUUUGGGAAGAUAUGGGAUUAGGGUAAAUUGUGUUUCACCAAAUGUAGUGCCAACUGAAAUGGGAAGGAAGUUGUUCAAGGUUAAAGAUGGUGGGGAAUUUCCAAGUUUCUACUGGAGUUUAAAAAAUGGAGAUAUUUUAAGGGAAGAAGAUGUGGGUGAAGCUGUUGUGUAUUUGGGGAGUGACGAGUCCAAGUGUGUGAGUGGACUCAACUUGAUUGUUGAUGGAGGCUUUACUGUUGUCAACCAAGCUCUUUGUUCCUUUCGUUCAUAAGUUUGAGUCAAGAAGAAUAAAUGGUAUCCCACACCAUAUACUCAAAUAGAGAAGGCACCUUAUACUUCUCAUUCUCUAAUUGUUGUACUCUAUUUUCUUUAUGAUACUAAGAUUUCUCACGUUUGAAGUAAUAUUAUUAUUAGAAAAACUAUUGUAAAUGAUAUAUAAAUCUAUUGAAAGUAUUACUAAAAAAA